CAAGCUGGGAAGGUCACGUUGCGAAUGCGUGCGUGCUUCCUCGGUCAGAGGCUCGUGGCUGUUGUAGCUGUAGCUUGUUUGAUUAUUCCACUCCUUUCUCAGUUGUUACAAACGGUUAAUUAAGAUAAGGUGCAGGUACAAGUACGGUCGGCACGCAGCGGUAACUGGAAGUCCGGCUUCACUCUAAUUCGAAAACUCUUGUGACAGACAGCCGCAAAAUGAUAACAAAACAUGUGUCGACCUUAUCCAAGGUGGAGUUUCAAACAUUCAUUGAUUCCAUUGACGUCGUUUUAUCUGAUUGCGAUGGCGUGCUCUGGAAAGAAACCGAGGUAAUAGAGAACUCACCUGAGACAGUUAACAAACUCAAACAGUUGGGUAAAAAAUUUUUUUACAUAACGAAUAACAAUACCAAAACGAGGUCAGAGUUCAUAAAGAAAUGUAAGGACCUCAAGUACGAUGCAACGAUAGACGAAAUAGUUUGUACUUCCUUUCUGGCUGCCAUGUACCUCAAAGAGAAGAAAUUUGAUAAAAAAGCGUACAUAGUUGGCACUGCUGGCAUUGCCAAUGAGUUGAACGACGAAGGUAUCAAACACUGUGGAGUUGGGCCUGACCCAAUGGAAGGCGACGAAGUAGAUUUAGUGACGAACUUCAAGCCAGAUCCAGAGGUCGGAGCGGUUAUCGUGGGCUUUGAUAAGUUCUUCAGCUUUCCCAAACUUGUGAAGGCUGCCACUUAUUUGCAAGAUCCAACUGUUCACUUCUUAGGAACGAAUUGCGAUACAGAGAGGCCUUCACCGAAUACUAACGCGUUUCCAGGUACUGGUUGCUUCAUAACGACGAUAGAAUCAGCAUCUAACAGGAAGGCAGUGAUGCUCGGGAAACCAGAACCGUUUCUGAGUGAAUAUAUCACGAAGAAGUAUGGUUUAAUCCCUGAGCGGACGCUGAUGAUUGGUGACAAUUGUAAAACCGAUAUUCUUCUCGGGAAGCGAUGCGGGUUCAAAACUCUGCUCGUGUUGACGGGCAUAACAACGCAAGGGGACGUAGAUGCGAUGAACGCGUCUAAUGGUGGUUCCAAGGAUGUUACAAUUCCAGAUUACUAUGCCAAUGAAUUGGGUGACGUAUUAAAGAUGAUCACUUCGUCUUGAUGAUUCGGAUCGACUCAACAGUCUUAGCACUAAUUUA